GCUGGCGACGCUCUUUGGGGUGGAGCUGGUAAUCGAACUCUGUUCACUGGUGUAGGACCAAGAACCGAUGUUCGGGCCCUGAAGGAUAUUACAGACAAGCUCAAUGAUGGGUCUACGUGGAAAGCUCUCGGAUGCCGUUUAGUAGAUCCACGAUUUUACCAUAUCGACACCGCCUUCUGCCCGUUGAAUGAGGAAUUGGCUAUGUACUACCCAUAUGCCUUCGAUCAUCUCAGUCAACACAACAUGCACAAUGAGACUGAUCUCCUGCCUGUGUCCGAUAAGGAAGCUCGUAAUUUCGCUUGCAAUGCUGUUGUGAUAGGAAACAAUGUUGUGAUGCAUCAAGGAAACGAGGAAACUGCUAACAAAUUAGAAAAACUUGGUUUUAGCGUCAAAUUCGUCGACAUGAGUGAAUUCAUCAAGAGCGGCGGUUCAGCAAAAUGUUGCACAUUGGCCAUCUAA